ACCUCCUCUGCCUCUCUCUCUCAAUCCACCGCCACUAAAGAUUAUACCAGAAGACAAUUUACAGCAAAAGCUGAGAUGUUGGGGCAAAAGAUAUUGUAUUAAUGGCGAGCAUUCAACUACAGAGGAGCUACUUCUUGUCGACUACUACUGCUGCUUCUUCUUCGCCUUCACUUUCAUUCCUUCCCUUCAUGGCCAAGUUGCAAUACAGGGGAUUUCAGAAUUAUCCUGCUACUUCCUUACCAUGUACGAGGCUUAAUGGGGGAGAUAAAUUCGGGAACUUCUCUCAGAUUAAUUUUAGAAAAAUCGGCAUACCUGCAUUGGUCAAUAACAUUCAACCAAAGAUUCUUAGAUUAAAUGUUAAUCGGAAUUUUCAUAUUUUUGGAAACCUUACUGAUAGUUCCAGGUUUGCGGUGCCUGUUCAGUCCCAGUUACGACUCGGGUUUCCUAAUGCUGUGACACCCAUUUAUGGGACUUUGGACAUUGGUAUCAGAUUUAGUUCACCUUAUUACAAAGCUCUUGCUAAGAGGCCCUUCUCCCAGGUCCCAAGAGUAAAAAAUAAAGGUGAUAACUUGGGUAUAAGGGAUGGGACUGCUGAGAAUACUUCACUUUUCAAACCUUUUAAUAAGCAUAGGAAGUGGGAGAAGUCAUUGGCUGCUCACAGGAGAAGUUUUAAUGGUGCGGUGCGUGCUGCAGGUUCAAACCAGCCCACAAAAGUUAGUUCGUCUAGUUCUAGAAGAUCAGCUCUUGGUGAUGGUGACAUGAUGACUCAACAAGAGCAACCUGUUGAUAAUGGCAGGAAGGAUGCGGAUUUAAGUCCAUCUAUUUCAACUUCACCUGUUAGCAACAAUAACCGAGACUCUAAAGCUACAGAAAAACAGAGGAAGCAGUCAAGAACUAAGAAAAAUAAGGAACAAGUUACUAGCACUGAUGCAAGCUCUGAUGUCGCUCAGAAGAAAAGUACUAAAAGCAGCUCUGAAGCAAAUAAGUCCAAUAUCACUAAAAAGAGCCAGUCCCCACAGGCUUCAAAGAAUAAUUCAACUGGGAACAAGCCUGUGGAGGCGCUUGAUAGUUCUGUUUCAACGAAGAGCCAAUCCAAGAAGGCAACUGGCAGCUCUAAUAAAAAGGGAAAAUCUCCAAAAGUGGCUAAUGAGUCACCAAAGAAACAGACGGUCCACACUAUGGGCAAAAUUAAGUCCCUGGAACAAAGGCCACUGAAGAAAUUAUAUCCUUCUUCUGGGAAAUCUGUUGUGGUGGUGGAGUCUGUUACAAAGGCUAAGGUCAUUCAGGGCUACCUUGGUGACAUGUACGAAGUCCUACCUAGCUAUGGGCAUGUUAGGGACUUGGCUGGAAGGUCAGGAUCUGUGCGGCCUGAUGAUGACUUCAGCAUGGUUUGGGAGGUCCCAUCUGCUGCCUGGACUCAUCUUAAGAGUAUUAAGGUUGCCCUAGGCGGAGCAGAAAAUCUUAUUCUUGCAUCAGAUCCUGAUCGUGAAGGAGAGGCUAUUGCUUGGCACAUUAUUGAGAUGUUGCUGCAGCAGGAUGCUUUACAUAAAGAUUUAACUGUAGCAAGGGUUGUUUUUCAUGAAAUAACUGAGUCAUCCAUCAAAAGUGCUCUGGAUGCUCCAAGAGAGAUUGAUGUAAACUUGGUUCAUGCUUACCUCGCACGACGUGCUCUUGAUUAUUUGAUCGGAUUCAACAUUUCCCCACUAUUAUGGAGGAAGUUACCAGGUUGCCAGUCAGCUGGGCGAGUCCAAUCAGCUGCUCUGGCUCUUAUAUGUGAUAGAGAAAUGGAAAUUGAUGAAUUUAAACCACAGGAAUAUUGGACGGUUGAAGUUGAAUUUAAUAGGAAACAGGGUUCCUCAAUGAACUCCAAAUUUUUUCCAUCAUACUUGACUCAUUUCGACUCCAAAAAGUUAAAUCAAUUUUCAAUCAGCUCUCAUACAGAGGCAAAGGCUAUUGAACAGGAGAUUAAUUCAUUGGAGUUCAAAGUGAUUGGUUCUAAAAGAAAUAAAAUGCGGAAAAAUCCUCCCACACCAUAUAUAACAUCCACACUUCAGCAAGAUGCUGCAAACAAAUUACAUUUUUCAGCAAUGUAUACAAUGAAGUUAGCACAGAGACUUUAUGAGGGGGUUCAAUUAUCAGAUGGGAAGGCAGCAGGAUUAAUAACAUACAUGAGAACAGAUGGACUACAUGUUUCUGAUGAAGCUGCGAAGGACAUACGCUCCUUGGUUGCAGAAAGGUAUGGGUCCAAUCUUGCAUCAGAUGGUGUUCGCAAAUACUUCAAGAAAGUGAAGAAUGCUCAAGAGGCCCAUGAAGCUAUUAGACCAACUGAUAUUCGGCGGUUACCAUCAAUGCUUGCUGGAGUACUUGAUGAAGAUUCCUUAAAGUUGUACACUCUUAUCUGGUCUCGCACAAUGGCAUGCCAAAUGGAACCAGCUACAAUUGAUCAGAUCCAAGUCGAUAUAGGGAAUGCCAAUGAGUCUGUUGUGUUUCGAUCCACAUGCUCAGGAGUUGAGUUUUUUGGAUACCAGGCAGUCUAUAAGGAUGUGGAAGCUAAAGCAAUCAGAGUUGAUGAAAAUGAAGGGAAUGAACGUGGUGAAGUCUUUAAGGCUCUCAGUUCAUUGAAGGCAGGGGAUCCAUUGUAUCUUAGUUUACUGGAGCUAGAGCAGCAUCAUACCCUUCCUCCAUCACGGUACUCAGAGGGUGCCCUGGUUAAGAAGCUGGAGGAGCUUGGGAUUGGAAGGCCUUCUACAUAUGCAAUCACAAUGAAAGUUUUACAGGAUAGAAACUAUGUGACAGUCAAAAACCGAGUAUUAUAUCCAGAAUUUCGUGGUCGCAUGGUGUCGGCAUUUCUCUCUCACCAUUUUUCAGAGGUCACAGACUAUAGUUUCACUGCUGAUAUGGAAACUGAGCUUGACAAUGUUUCUGCUGGCUUGACUGAGUGGAAAGGUCUCCUCAAAGAUUAUUGGACACGAUUCAGCAUGUAUUGUAAUCGUGUUAGUAAUGUCCACAUUCAUCAGGUGGAGAAGAUGUUGGAGAAAAAAUUUGGGGAUUUUUUGUUUUCCUUUCUUCCCGAUAAAAGUAGGACAUGCCCAAGUUGUAUGGAGGGCACAUUGAUUUUCAAAGUAAGUCGAUUUGGUUCAGGCUAUUUUAUAGGUUGUGAUCAACACCCAAAGUGCAAGUACAUUGCUAAGAUGUUAGAUGGUGAUGAUGAUGAAGAGGUUGCUUCUCAAGACAAAACAUUUGAGGAGCCAAAGGUUCUGGGUCUUAGUCCUGGUUCAAGUGAGAAGAUUCUUUUGAAGAAUGGUCCAUAUGGAUUCUAUCUUCAACUUGGUGAAGACAGGAAAGGAUACUUGCCUAAAAGAGCCUCUGUUUCCCAUAUAAAGGAUGUGGGCUCUAUAACACUUGAAGAUGCUCUUGAGUUGCUACGCUAUCCUGUGACAUUGGGAAACCAUCCAAAUGAUGACCACCCUGUAGUCCUAAAGCUGGCAAAAAAUGGAUUUUCCAUUAGACAUCGGCGAACAAUUGCUCCUGUGCCUAAGAACAUAAAACCAAAUGACAUCACUCUAGAGAAAGCAUUGAAGCUACUGUUGGGUAAAGAUGUAAAGCAGUCUGGCCGACCCAAGAACAAAAAGAAACAAGAAGUGUAUGAAGCCAUGUAGCUGAGAAAUAUUGUAGCAGUCCAAAGCUGCUAGCCAUAGAUGUUUUGAUUUGAUUUACACAAGCAUUCAUUCAAAGGUAACUUCAUUCCUUCCACCUUCCAAUCAUGGGUGUUGUCAGUGUUGAGCCAAGAAGAGCAUACACUACCACAUGGGCAUUCUUGAAUUCUUUUAGAAGGAAAGAACGUGUACAAUAAGUAUAACAAUAAUAAUUUUUGUUAUAAUUUUUACCCAUUUUUGUAUGUUAUUAUUAUUAUUUCUUUCCUGGGGAUUUCUUGUUCAUGUAAGGUCUGGUGGGAGCUUCAUAUUUUUCUGAAGAUGGAAUGAUGAAAGCUUCUUUAUAUGCUAUGAACUUCAUAUCAUUCAGCCUGCUGAA